AUGCUGCAGAUACCAGCACCAGUAUCAACAUCACAGCAACAGCAACAGCAACAGCAACAGGAGCAGGAACUGCAACAGGAACUGCAACAGGAACUGCAACAGGAACUGCGACAGGAACUGCAACAGGAACUGCAACAGGAACUGCGACAGGAACUGCGACAGGAAUCGCAACAGGAACUGCAACAGGAACCGCAACAGGAACCGCAACAGGAACAGAAACAGAAACGGCAACUGAGUGAGCAAUUGGAGCAACACAAUCAACAGACUCUUAAACGGCAACGUCAAAGGAAGCAACCACCAGCACAAACAGCACUUAAGGCCUCACAAUGUCGUUUCAGAAUCAAGACUGCCAUGGAUUUUUCUAAAGAAAUCUGA